CGCGUUACUGCUUUAACUAAACGAACAGAUUAUUUCAGUGGAGACCUGCUAUCGAUGGUGUAUCAACUCUUGUUAAACUUUGCUACUUUAUGUGAAGUUUAGAUUUGCCGGUCUUCAAAAAGUAGUACGCGAGUGUCCCGCGAACUUCCUGUGAAUCGGUCUUGGAUGUAGAACUGCUCCGAUCCUUGGUCACUGCAAAAUGGUGGAAAGCUGAAAGACUCUUGUGGUAGUUUGAGAUAUAUUUUCUGGUGUAGUGCUUCAGGUUAUGAGGAAACUGUAGAUAUUUACUUACAGAAGACAUUUUCUACUUGCUGCUGUUGCAGUAAUAUUUCAUUAGAAUGAAGUUCAGGGAAGUAAUAGAACGCCAUGUCCUGAUAUGUACGAUACUCGUUACGAUUUACUUGGAGUUCACGUACGGAGCGGCAUGUACUGGAUGCACGCCGAGAUGUUACUGUAAUGCUACUAAGGGAGAUAGGGGUGUGGCAGGUUUCCCAGGACUACAAGGCCCACCAGGAUUACCAGGGUUUCCUGGACCAGAAGGACCACAAGGACCAAGGGGUUUCAAGGGUGAAGAAGGAUCACCUGGUUCAUCCGGACCUAAAGGACUUCGGGGUCGAAUGGGGGGUCCUGGUUUUCCUGGUGUCCCAGGUAUUCCAGGUAUGCCUGGACUUGAAGGACCAGCUGGUGAGCCUGGUAUGCCUGGCUGUAAUGGCUCAAAGGGUGAAGUAGGUUUGCCAGGUUCACCUGGCGGUGGCACUCCGGGUCCUCAGGGUCCUCCUGGUUAUCCAGGACUAAAGGGUGAGCCUGGUGAUACAGCACCAAUGCAAAAAGGCAUCAAAGGAGAACCAGGUCUACCAGGCUUUAAUGGAAUCCCAGGGCCGCCAGGAUUAAAUGGUUUAAAUGGUCCUAAAGGCGACAAAGGCGACGAUGGAAUGAAAGGAGAAAAUGGUUUCCCAGGGCAACCUGGUACGAAAGGUGAAAUGGGUAUUGACUUCCAAGGUCCACCAGGUGCAAAGGGAGAACGUGGUCCACCCGGACCACCAGGAGAUUCAAGACAACCUCAUAUAGAACCUAAUUCUACAUACAACGUUAAAGGAGCCAUGGGAGAGCCAGGUGAUAAGGGUGAUAAAGGAUUCCCAGGAAUGAUUGGAAUGAAAGGUUCAAUGGGAUCUAAAGGUUCACCAGGAUUCAAAGGUUCGAUUGGUAAAAAAGGAGAACAGGGCCCAAUUGGUCCUCCGGGUAAAAGAGGUAAAGAUGGUCCUGCUGGUCGUUUUGGUUCGCCAGGUGAAAAAGGGCAACCUGGAAUCCCAGGUUUGCCUGGUUCUCCUGGUUUAUCGGGUCCAAAAGGCGACACUGGUCCAAGAGGAAGAAAUGGUUUACAGGGACCACCAGGUGAUCCUGGUAAUGGUGAUGGUAUUGGUGAUCCUGGUCCACCUGGUCCUCAAGGACGAGAUGGCGAACCAGGUCGUCCAGGCUUACCUGGUAUGAAAGGUUUUCAAGGUGAAAGAGGUCGUGAUGGUUUUCCAGGUCCACCAGGACAGCCAGGUCCAAUAGGUCCAGCCGGUAGCCCUGGAAGUGGUGACAAAGGGGAAUCAGGAGAGCCAGGAAUGCCAGGUAUUCCAGGCCAGUCUGGGGUUCCAGGAGAAUCAGGUCGAUCAGGUCCUAAAGGUGACAGAGGUAUGCCAGGAAUAACUCGAGUUGGACCUCCAGGCAUGGAUGGAUUACCAGGUAGCCCAGGUUUACCAGGUUUACCUGGUCCCAUGGGUGAACUUGGUCCAAUUGGUCCGCCUGGUCCUCCGGGUUCUGGGGUAGGUGAAAUUGGCCCACCUGGUCCACCAGGGCCCAGAGGUGCACAAGGAAGGGACGGAUUUCCUGGUCCUCCAGGUCCAUAUGGUGUAGAGGGUCCCAAAGGUUUAAAAGGAGAGAAAUGUGGUCCCUGCUUGAUUGGUCCUCCUGGUGAUAAAGGUGAUCCUGGUCCUCAAGGUACAUCUGGAACACCAGGUUUACCUGGACCUACUGGUGUUGCCGGUCCUGUUGGUGGUAAAGGUUCUGAAGGUUUUCCUGGCCCUCCAGGUCAAGAUGGUAUAAAUGGUCGUCCAGGUCAACCAGGUUUACCGGGUAGAGAUGGUAGCAAAGGAGAAGCUGGACCCAUAUUACCAGGUGGAGCAGGCCCAUCUGGUCCUAUUGGGCCAUCAGGUGCAAAAGGAGAUACAGGCCCAGCAGGUUUGCCCGGUCCACCAGGUUUACCUUCUCCACCGGUGACAAUAGGACGGCCAGGGGAAAAAGGUGACAAAGGAGAACCAACCACUGGACAGCCGGGUCGAACUGGUCCAAAGGGUGAACCUGGUCCAUCGGGACCUAGAGGACCUUUUGGUCUAAAAGGACAAAAAGGAGAGCCAAUCAUUGGUGGGGGUCCUGGUCAACGAGGACCACCUGGUCCUCCUGGUCCUGAAGGUCCUCCUGGUUCGCAGGGACUGAUGGGCGGAGUUGGUCCUCCUGGUCCUCGGGGUCCAACUGGUCCUCCUGGCUUUCAGGGGGCACCUGGUGAUAGAGGUGAUUCUGGACCUCCUGGCUUUGGACCACCAGGCCAACCAGGUGCUAAAGGAUUCCCUGGUCUUCCUGGAGAUCCAGGUAUUAAAGGAGAUAGUGGUACACCAGGAGUACCUGGUUUAAAUGGUCCUGCUGGCCAACCUGGACAAAAGGGUGAGUCUGGCUUUGGUGGUGGUGAUCCCGGUGAACCAGGAGAUCGUGGACUACCUGGUCAACCAGGUUUACCUGGUCGUGAUGGAGAGAGAGGACCACCUGGUCUACCAGGAAUGCAAGGAAGAGAUGGUUUUCCAGGUCUCGUUGGUGAAAAGGGUGAUAUGGGUCCAAUAGGGCCUGCAGGACAACCUGGUUCACCUGGAUUACCAGGAGACAGAGGAUUUCCAGGAAGAGAUGGGUUGCCUGGUCGUCAGGGUCCUCCAGGUUCUCCAGGUGUAAUUGGUGACAAAGGUAACACAGGUCCACGAGGUGAACCAGGUGAUUCAUCUGAAGUGGGACCAAAAGGAGAUCCUGGUCUCAGUGGUACUCCGGGUGAUCCAGGUUUACCUGGUGCUGCAGGACCACCUGGAACUCCUGGAUUGAAUGGUGCUCCUGGCCUUCCAGGUUUCAAGGGAGACAUUGGUCCGAUUGGUCUUCCUGGUGCAUCUGGCCCACCAGGACAGCCUGGCUUAAAUGGAGCUCCUGGUGAAAAGGGUAUGGAUGGCGUUGAUGGUGUUCCCGGUCGUCCAGGUCAACCAGGUCGAGAUGGAUUUAAUGGAGGCAAAGGAGAUUCUGGUCCACCUGGAUUUCCAGGACAGCCAGGAUUACCUGCACCAGCUGGAGAUAAAGGAGAUGCUGGUGACCCUGGUCCGCCAGGACCAGCUGGUGAGCCUGGGUCCCAAGGUCUACCUGGAUUAAUUGGUAAUAAAGGAGACAGAGGAUUUCCGGGAGCUACAGGACCACCUGGUCCUUUUGGACCAAAGGGAAAUUCUGGCACACCUGGAUUUCAAGGGGCUCCUGGCUUUCCAGGGCCAAAAGGUGAAAUGGGUGAUAUGGGUGAACCAGGUACAGCAGGUGAGGAUGGUGAUCCAGGUUUCCCUGGUUCACCGGGCAUUCCAGGACCAAUUGGUCCACCAGGCUUUCCAGGACCUGAUGGUGACAGAGGCUCGGAUGGUUUACCUGGUCGUCCAGGUUCUCUUGGACCAAUUGGUCCAAAAGGUGACCAAGGACAGCGAGGCCAAAAAGGUGAACCAUCUCCAGCACCGGCACCAAUUCGCACAAAAGGAGAUCAAGGACCACCUGGGAAUCCAGGUAUCCCAGGUCUUCCAGGAAUUAAUGGUGCGAAGGGUGAUCAAGGUGAACCAGGAACUCCAGGUAAUGAUGGACCUACUGGACCACCAGGAAAUCCAGGUUUUCCAGGAAGUCCAGGACAACAAGGAGACAGAGGUCCCGCUGGAGUUGAUGGUAUUCCUGGUGGAUCUGGUCCAAAGGGUGACAAAGGUAAUUUAUUUGUUAAUUGGUUUUUAACAAAAUUUGUUUACCUGGUCCAACUGGACAAUUGGACCAUCAGGUUUGGUGGAACUGGACAGAAAGGUGAACCAGGAGAUGAAGGAGAAGAUGGAUUCCCAGGUCCACCAGGUUUGCCAGGACCACCUGGAAAUGAAGGAAGAUCUGGUUCACCAGGCUUGAAAGGAGAACCUGGACCAACAGGAUUACCAGGUCGUGCCACACCUGGCCCGCCUGGGCAACCUGGCCAACCUGGUUCACUUGGACCUAUUGGUAUGAAAGGUAUGGCUGGUGAACCUGGAUUCCCUGGACCAGCUGGUUUUCCAGGACGUGAUGGUGGUCCCGGUGAUGAUGGUCCACCAGGACUCGUAGGACCUCCAGGACCAAGAGGCUUUGAUGGCUUAAAUGGACAGAAGGGAGAACCAGGUCCUCUACCAGAUAUGAGUACAAUGAAGGGAACCAAGGGUGAACCAGGCUUACCAGGUCGACAAGGAUCUCCUGGUGAAAUCGGUCCAGCUGGACCUCCAGGCAUUCGUGGAUUUCCAGGAGAAAAAGGAAAUUUAGGACCUAGGGGUGGUCAAGGUUUCAAUGGUCUUCCUGGUGACCCUGGACCAAAGGGAAAUCAAGGAUUCCAAGGUCCUGUAGGUCCUCCUGGUAUACCAGGUAAUGAUGGUCCACCUGGAUCACCAGGUGUCGGUGGCAGUGCAGCUGGCUUCUUUAUUACCCGCCACAGUCAAACAGUACAAAUACCUCAGUGUCCAAGAAACACAGUAAGAAUGUGGGAAGGAUAUAGUUUACUCUACGUUCAAGGAAAUGAAAGAUCACAUGGACAGGAUCUUGGCACCGCUGGUAGUUGUCUACGUAGAUUCAGUACUAUGCCGUUUAUGUUCUGUAAUAUCAAUAAUGUAUGUAAUGUAGCAAACAGAAAUGAUUAUUCCUAUUGGUUGUCUUCUCCGGAACCCAUGCCUAUGGAUAUGGCUCCGAUACAGGCGUCAAACAUUCAACCAUUCAUUGGUCGCUGCUCUGUCUGUGAAGCACCAAAUCAAGUAAUAGCAGUCCACAGUCAAACUAUUAAUGUUCCAGAUUGUCCCUCAGGAUGGUCUGGACUCUGGAUAGGUUAUAGCUUUGUAAUGCACACUGGUGCUGGUUCAGAAGGAACCGGUCAAGCCUUGGCUUCGCCUGGUUCCUGCCUUGAAGACUUUAGAUCUUCUCCAUUCAUAGAAUGCCAUGGUGAUGGCAAAUGUAAUUAUUAUGCAACAACGUAUAGUUUCUGGUUAGCAACAAUAGAUAGAGACAGACAAUUCCAAAGACCUGUAUCAGAUACACUAAAGGCUGGCAGACUGAGGGACAGGAUCAGUAGAUGUCGUGUCUGUAUGAGAAUACUUGAAUAACAAACAAUUUUACAAAAAUUUUACUGAAAUAAUCUAUUUAACUAAUCAUGAUAUACAGUAAAAUCUAUGGUUUUUAUAGUUUACUCUAUUUUUUCUUUUUUUUAGAUAUUUUAUCACUUAUAAAAAAAAAAACUUAAAAAAAAAAAACUUUUUAUAAUGAUUGAUUAAGUUUUGUAAAAAUCAAGCUUAAAAUGUAAUCUUAGUGCAAUUGUAGUUGAUGUAGGUCAUCUCUUGUCUUCAUUACAUAGUUCUGUUUUGCAAAUUACAUUUUCUGGUGACUUUUAUAGAAGUUAUCAGUAGUGUAAUUGAAAGAAUUGUAUGAAAAUACAGCAAUCUCCGGUCAGUAGUUGUCAGGACUACAGUACGAAUAGUUAUACCAUAAGUACUCUUUGUGUAACAUGGUUAUUAUCUAGUUAUUAAUUAAUACUAUGUAGUUAUCAUAAGUUAUUAGUGGUAAUCCUGCCAUCAUUUUAUAGGAGCUCUUAAUAUGGUCAACAACAAUAACGAUUUGUUUUUGGUCAGUGCACUUACGAUGUUCACUUACUGCACCAUUGAAACAUCUCCAGACCAGAAACAAAUCAUAUUUUUUGGGAACCAUACAAAUCAAGUUAUCUGGGUGCUUAAUUUAUUCUAUGAGCUCAAAGAUAUGGUCUUUUUAAGUCAUUUAUUUACCAACCUAUGUAAAUCUAUUUUCUUUCAUUUUUAAAACAAUUCCCGUUUUAAAUAUUCAACUACAUGUAGUAUAUUUACUUUUUUUUACAUUUUGUCAUGUUAAAAAUUAACCUACCUUUUAUUCCAAAUCAUUUUUGUACCUCGUAUCAGUUUUUUUAAUGACAUAUAUAUUUUCUGUUCUGUGCUGCAUUUAUAAUAAUCAAAUUACGUUGACAGAUUUGUUCUCAUAGCAUUUGACAGUAAUUGUGUCAUAUUUUGUAAUAGUUUGUAUUAUGGUGUUCCGUGAAGGUAAGUUGCAUUAGGGAACAGUACAUGGUUGUGCUCAUGUCUAUUCCUAAAGCUAUUCAAGAUGUAAUUCAAACUGUAAAUAAUGUGCUGUACACAUGUCACUGUCUAAUUGUUUCAUGUGAUAGCUGGAAUACCACAUCACUAUUUUCAAUGUUUUGAUGUUUAAAUAAGCUUUGUUGUACAAAGUUUUGUGUGCUGUUUUCCAUCAAUCCAUUGGCAUAUAUUUUUUGAAGAUGCAUCAUGCCACAGGAAUCAUGAACAGCCUAUCAUUUGUUCAUCUCGAGAAAUUACUGAGAGAAUAGUUGCAAAGUGUACAAAAUCUCUGUCAAGUGUUAUGCUUUAAAAGGAACUGAUCAAAAAAAAAUAAUAUUCAAUAUUUUUAUCCUAACUGAAAUAGAGGUUAUUGGAUAUACACGUUCCACCUACCUCACGUUUAUGUUUACUAGAGUGAGCUUUCCUACUUCAUAUUGGUGCUAUUCUGUUCUUUGAUUGGACAGUGAACUAUGUGGUGCUAUUUGUGGUGUUUUCUUUCACAUUUGUCACUGUUCCAUCUAUAAAUUCAUUUAAUUUCAUACAUUACCGACAAGUUCAAAUCCAUCUGUGAAUUUUUAUCUUGUAUAAUGCAGACUUGAAAAUAAACGACAACUUUUAUAUUAUUUUUUUUUUUAUAACUGAUCAUUUUAAUAUUAAUUUGAACAUGUUAAUGUUUAUAUUCGGUAACAUUGCAUCACAACUUUUUAAAAUUUGAAUAUGUAUUUACCAGACUCUGCUAACAUGGUAGAGUAUAGAAAAUGAUGAAAUUUCAUUUGUGGUAAUGUUGAACUUGUGGAAAAAAUAUUUGAGAUGCUUUUUAGCUCACAAAGAAAAGGAUUACAGGAGAUUCUGUCAUUUAAAAACAAUUUUUUAUUAAGCCCCUUUAACAGUGCCUUGUGUCCCCUUUUUAACAAACCAUUGAACAAUAAAGGUGAACAUUUUUAGACCA